AUGGCGGACGUACCCUCUCCACGUGGCAAGCAGCAGCUGCCAGCCGAGCAGGACAGGUGUGCUAUGAUAGACCGCAUGCUACAGCAACUGGACAAGCUAUUUGCCCGUUUCUGGCGGUGGUUGGAGGUACGAGCAAAAGCAGCAGCUGGGGGGCAGAAGACCAAACGGAGGCGAACAGAAGAGGGGUUGCGAAAGACCCCGUCGGGCACAACCACCCAAACACCUAGCCCACCCAGGCAGAGAGCCGACAAGGUCUCCCACCAAAAGUAA